ACUACACCAGAUUCACCACAACACCAGAUUCACCACAUCACCAGAUUCACCACAACACCAGAUUCACCACAUCACCAGAUUCACCACUACACCAGAUUCUCCGGCCAAUCAAAUGUAUUUAUGUUUUAAACCUGUGACAUCACUGCUGAGGGGCGGGGCUUGUGUCUGACCUGUGUCUGUCUUCAGGUGAUCAUGUGAUCUGUGGCAGCUACGACUGCAGGCUGAGCUGGUUCGACCUGGACCUCUCAACCAAACCUUACAAGAUGCUCCGACACCAUAAGAAGGCAGUGAGGGGCGUGGCCUAUCACAGACUUUACCCUCUGUUCGCCUCGGCGUCCGACGACGGAUCCGUGAUCGUCUGCCACGGCACCGUCUACAAUGACCUGCUGCAGAACCCUCUGCUGGUUCCAGUGAAGGUUCUCCGAGGUCACGUGAUCACCCACGACCUUGGGGUUCUGGACGUGACCUUUCACCCCUCCCAGCCGUGGGUCUUCUCCUCCGGCGCCGACGCCACCAUCAGACUGUUCACCUAGCAACGGUUGCUAGGACACCACGUGCUGUUAUAGGCUGUAACCAUGGAGAUGUGACCUGUUUACUUUUUAAUAAAACUUGUUGUCUGCC